AUGGGGCAACGAUUAGCUCCUGUGUCGGCCAUAGCGUUCAUGUCGAAAAUCGAGAAGCCAGCACUGGACCGUGGUCCAGUCCUAUGUUGCCGUUACAUUGAUGACUGCCUUAUCAUAUGUUCGACUCAGGAAGAAGUGGACAUUUGUUACGAUCUCUUGAACAAGCAGUCAGGAGACAUCAACUUUACAGGGAAAAGCCUGUGGAGGUUCGGUUGCCAUUUUUAA